AGGUAAAUUGAAAGCAAUACAAGAAUUUUCAUUUGGAAGUUUCUGUUUUGGAUUUAUAUGAAUUUGAGUUGGUUUGCAGGAAUUAAGCAAUUGAUUUAACUGUUUGAUGGACAUUUAAUAAAAAUAUUAAUCAUGUCAAUAGUUUUACAUCGAAACAUUUCCAUCAUUGACCGGCAGAAUGACUAUGUAAACAAAAAGUCGCUAGUAGAAUUGCCCACUGAUUGCCAAACAAGCAACCCUAAUAUUUCUAAAUAAACCAUACGUGUUGAGAGUUGCUGAUGCAAUCAUUCAGAGCCUGAUCUGUCAAGAAUGUAGAACGGGAAAAUGUAAAAUGAGCUCAGAAUUCUGUUGUUUAUUAAAGUACAGUAUUUUAUAUUCAUCUUACGCUUGAAGUUAAACGAUGAGUUCGAGAGGCAGAGGUCGUGGAAGAGGAAGAGGCAAAAACCCAAGAGCUGAACAGCAAGCUGUCAACUUUCCUCAAGAGCCUUUAAAACCCGAAAGAGAAAUUCAAGGAAAGCCUGUUUCUACUCAACAAUUUGCAGCUGCUUCAAGCAGUACUUCUCUUGCAAAUGGCAGAAAAAAAUGUGAAAAGGAUGUUCAGAAUUUUCAAACUGAAAAACUCACAAGUGGAGGAGUUGCGAAAGGAACAGAAGUUGCACAGCAUUAUUCUUCAAAGGAAUUGACAAAAUUUUCUAAAUUUGCUAAGAGACCUGGUUAUGGCACUCUUGGAAGAGAUAUCAGUUUAGUCACAAACUUUUUUGCUUUGCGAAGCAAAGCUCAAUAUAUCUAUCAUUAUGAUAUUGAAGUAAAUUCACUUGAUCAAAUUAAAAAGUAUGGCCGCCAUAUGAAAGGGAAAGAACUUACUGCUGCUGAAGCUGCAAUUUCUGGGAUCUCUCGAUUAGAACUUCAGCAGAGCAGAAGUAUAGGAAAGAUAAAGCGCAAAGAAGUUUUUGAUGAGCUUGUAAAAUCCAUGAAUCUAAGCAAAUACAGUCCUGUAUAUGAUGGUGUAAAAAAUAUUUUUACUUCACAUCCUUUCCCAUUUGAUACACAAAGGACAACAGUUGUUGGAUUAAGAGUGGAGGGCAAAACUCGUCAGUAUGAAGUAAUUGUGAAACCUGUAAAGAAAUUAAAUGGAUCCAAUAUUAUUGAUGUUACAUCUCUGAAAAAAUUAUAUGAAGGGCAUUCUGAAAGUGUGGAAGAAGUUCUAAUGGCAUUCAAUGCUAUAAUGAACCACCGAGAGCCUCAAAGUACGCAGAUUCAAGUGGGUCGCUCUUUUUUCUUCCUGACUCAGAUAGAUAAAGUUGCUUUAGGAGAAGGAACUGAAAUUUGGAUGGGAUAUAAUCAAAGUGUUCAUCUUACAGAAAAAGGACCAGCUUUAGUUCUAAAUCUUGCAGCAAAAGCAUUUCAUAAGGCUGGACCUGUUAUUGAGUAUAUUAAUGAAGUACUAAAGCGUGAUAUUACACAUGGAGAUGCCAUGAAACCUUAUGAAAUAAAGAAAGCAGAAAGUGCCUUAAAGGGGGUACGUGUAACUGUAACUCAUUUGUCAUAUCCCAGGAAAUAUCAUAUUCAGGGCAUUUCUAAAGUAAGUGCCCAAGAAUUGCAGCUUUCAGUUGAUGGUGCAAAAAUGUCUAUUGCUAGCUAUUUCCAAACCAAAUAUGGAAAAUUAAGAUAUCCAUUUUUACCUUGCUUAUACAUGAGAUCUACUAACAAUCAAACUUAUAUUCCUUUUGAGAACUGUGAAGUUGUAGAAGGACAGCCAAAAUUAGGCAAGCUCAGUGCUAGUCUUAAUUCAAAAAUGAUUAAACAGGCAGCAGUAGCACCAGAGGCUCGUUUCAAAGCUAUUGAAAAAGAUGCUUAUACUGUGAAUGAACAAAGUGGUAAACAAAUGCAACAUUUCAAUUUGUCAAUGGACUUUCGGCCAAUGCGUGUUCAAGGCAGAGUAUUAGAUCCUCCCUCUUUAGCAUACUUCAAUAAAGAUACGUCACUCCCUGAUGAAAAAGGCACAUGGCGAAUGGAAGGAAAACAAUUCUUUAAGUCUUCGCUUGAGAAAAAGAAAGAUCUUAAACCAUGGAUAAUACUAAGUUUUGCAGAUUGCCCUUUUAAAGAAUUGGAACGUUUUGCUAAUACAUUUUUUAGAGUAGGAGAAAAAGUAGGUCUGCAUUUUGGUGAGCUUCUAGAUAUCAGAAUGUUUAAUAGGCGGGAUACAGUUGAAAAAGCCCUUAAAGAUGCUGAAAAAACUCAAGCUUCUUUUGCUGUUAUUAUUCUCUCAAAAUAUGAUUAUUUUCAUAAUUAUGAUGAAAUAAAAUUCAUCGCUGAUUAUAAACUAGGAUUUGUUACCCAAUGUAUGGAUUCUGGUGUUGUUCCUAGGUUUAAUGACCAAAUUGCAACUAAUGUCUGUCUGAAAAUUAAUGCUAAACUUGGUGGUGUUAACCACAUAUUAUUCAAAAGACCUGAAAUUUUUUUGAAACCUGUAAUAGUAUUUGGAGCUGAUGUUGUCCAUUCUCCACGUGGUUCUGGGUGUCCUUCAAUUGCAGCUGUUGUUGGAAGUUUAGAUGCAUACCCAUCUACAUAUAAACUUGCAUGCAGAGUUCAAGAUAAUCCAGAAGGCAAUAAGAUUUCACAAGAAUUAAUUUUAGAGGUGAGAGAGAUGGUAGCAGGUAUUUUGAAAACAUUCUUCCAUCAUACUAGAGGGAAAUAUCCAGAAAAAAUUAUUUUUUUUCGAGAUGGUGUUAGUGAAGGACAGUUUGAAGCAGUGCGUGAUCAUGAAGUUUGUGAAGUUGAGAGAGCAUGUAAAGAUGUAAUUGGAUACAUUGUUCCUAUAACAUAUAUAAUUGUUCAAAAACGACAUCAGAAAAGACUGAAACCAGCAAACCCACGCGAUGGCAUUUCAAAGGGAAGAAAUGUUCCUGCAGGUACUACAGUGGACAGAGAUAUUACUCAUCCAUAUUUGUUUGAUUUUUACUUAAAUAGUCAUGAAGGCAUCCAAGGUACAAGUAAACCAGCCCAUUAUACUGUGUUGUAUGAUGCUAAUAAUUUUAGUGCAGAUGCUCUGCAGACAUUAGCUUAUCAUCUGUGUUAUAUGUACGUGAGGUGUAAUCGAAGUGUAUCAAUUCCAGCUCCGGUGAGGUAUGCUGAUCUUGCUGCAUAUCGAGCCAAAAAAUAUGCAGAUUUUCAUAUUCAGAAAGAGCGUGAGAGCAGUUCGUCAUCUAACGGCUCCAUUUCCAAAUUACCAGAUUAUGCUCGGGAAGCAAUUAAUAGUAUGGGAAGUUAUAAAAGAAAUAUGUUCUAUGUUUGAUUUAAAUAUUUGUGUUUUGUAUUAAUAUUUACAAAAUAUUCAAGAUUUGAAGUGAGAGAUAUUCAUUUCUGUAUAUUUCUAUUAUAUGUGAUCUUCUUAAUUAUGUAAAAUGAUGGUUAGAUGUCUUUCAACAACUGCUGGUAAGUGAGUAAAUUGCUUGUUGUCUUACUACUAUUAGUAAAAAGAAAAUCUAUGCAGAUUUCAAAUAAAGAAUAUCUGAACAAAGUAUCUAGUUAUAUUGAUUAUUAAUUUAUUAAAGUAUCUAGUCAUAAAAAAGUAAAAUUUAUGGAAAUUUGAUAAACAUUGCAUAUUUUAAUAGAUAUGUUUUAUAUUAUUUAUUAAAAUAUUACUGAUAUCACAAAGAAUUGGAAAUAUUUUAUCUACAGAUAAAUUUUUCAUUUAUAUUUUUCUGUAGCUGACAAGUAAUUUUGAAACAUGUUUUGAAUGUAAAGUGUAUACAAAUAGUAAAUUGAUGCUGAAUACCUGAUGAAAUACAUAACCUGCAAUGGAUUUUAUCUCCCCACUCUGUAUAUUUGUGCAAAUUUUUUUUUUUUUUUUUUUGUAAGAUAAAUGUUUUUACCGUGUAGCUUGCUGUAGAUAUUUAUAGUACUAUAUCAAAUUUCUUAUGUACAAGAGCUUAAAAUAUUGCAUAUUUUAACUAUGCUAUGUAAUUUUUUGUGGAAGUCUGAUUGAACCCUUUUAAAAACUUUUUCAUGAAUUUCAAACUACAUAUAAAGGCUACUUAAGCAAUAUGACUUACUGUUUUCUCCGAAUAACCAAAAAUUAUACUUAGUUUUAGUAUAGGUGCUCUCAUGUAUUUACUUAAAUUUAUGUUCUUUACUUUUUUAACAUAUUUAUUAAAAUUUAUGAAUUAAAAGUGAGAUUCUGACUGGUACAUAUAAACAUUUCAUAUAUGAUUCUAAGCUAUUUGCAUAUUGUUUAACAUGACAAGUCAAAUAUAAUUUAUGAUUUGCUGUGUAUAAUUGAUAUUGUUUUUAGAUUUGAUAUAAUAACAAAUUCUGAGCUGAGGAUUAUAUAAGCAUUUUUGUUUGAUAAAGUUAGGUUCGAUGAAUUUUCAUUUUGUGAAGCAACAAAAAUAUCCAUUAAUGUAUAAAAACUUUUUAAAAUGUGUCAUAUUCUAUAAUUGAGAAAUAUGAUGUUUAAAGUCUGUUCUGUACAUUUAAUAUUAUUUAAACUUAUUACUUAUCAUAUUAAUAUGAACAAAAUUAUGAUUCAGUAAUAAAAGCAAGUAGCAGUAUGGAUUUUAAAUGUUGCAAAGUAUUUAGUAAGGUCAGUAAUUUUAUUACAUGAAUUUUUAAUAUUUCUUAUUUUUAUAUUUGUUAAAAAUCAUUCAGUAUAACACAUUGUAUGGCUAUACCAUGUCUAUCUUGUAGAUCUGAAGUUUAGUCUUAAUUGAGAUUCUAUUUUACAUCUAUACAAUCUUAAAAAAAAGUAACAAUUAUUGAUAUAAAAAAUAUGAGGCAAAGUUUAGACAAAUAAGUGGCUGGUCAGAUUAAAAAUCUUAUGGUUCACUUUUAUUGUUAAAAAUAGCUGUAACUUGUAUUUUGCACCAUCCUUAACAUUGUAUAAAGUUCGUAUAUAGAAGUUGCUUUGUUUUAUACAUUUAUUAAUUAUAUAUAAUAUAAUAAAUAUUUUUCAUUGUAUCA